AUGCGCUUCCAAACUUAUUCUCUCCUUGCCAUUCUCCCGGCCCUUGUCGCUGCGGGUACUCCACCUGCCUACGCCGGUAUGAAGAUCACGUUCCAGGACACAUUCAGUGGCGCUGCUGGAUCUUCACCGGAUUCGAGCAAAUGGAAUAUUGCUCUAGCCAUCAACACCAACAACGAGUUGCAGACUUACACCACUUCGAACAGCAAUCUGCAGAUCUCCGGCGGCGGCACUAUCCAGUUUGUGCCGCGCCGCUCGCCGUCCGGCAAGUGGACCUCAGGCCGGAUUGAGACGACGGGCAGCUACACGCCCCAGCCGGGAAAAAUCAUGCAGGUGGAGGCGGCUCUCCGACUAGGCGACGCUCCGCAGGCCAACAAGCAGGGCAUGUGGCCGGCAUUCUGGAUGUUGGGCGACGCGAUGCGUCAUGGUACUCCCUGGCCACAGUGUGGUGAGAUUGACAUCUUCGAGAUGGUCAAUGGCAUCCCAACCGUUCACGGCACCACCCACUGCACUGCGUGCAACGAGCCCAUUGGCUUCGGCGGCACUUCGGGCACCGACUCGAACUGGCACACGUACUCUGUCAAGAUCGAUCGCACUCCUGGCAACUGGGCGGACGAGACCAUUACCUGGCUCAAGGACGGCCAGACCUUCUUCACGCUCAGGGGCGCAACCAUCGGCGAUCAAGGUGUCUGGGCAACUCUGGCACACAGCCCGCUGUACAUUCUGCUUAACCUUGCCGUUGGCGGCGACUGGCCUGGUUCUCCUAACGGCGCGACUACAGACGGGUAUGGCAGCAUGAUGGAGGUGGAGUACGUCGCCGUCUACACCACAUAG